GGGGAGCAUUUUCUAUAAAAAUUUUAGAAUUUUAUGACAUCCAAGUUUGUUGUCUACCAUGUAUAUAUAUAUAUAUAUUCAGCGCAAUUUAUAGUCAUAAAAAUCAUCAUACAUAAAAAAAAGGAUAUUCUCUUCAGAACAUUGUCCGCUCCGAUUUGCAUUAACUUUCGGAGAGCUUCCCAAUCGUCCAUCCCAUUUUCCACCCGCUUCAAGCUUUUAGGGUUUCCAUUUCGCCUCGCGAUGUUUUGUCAGAGAAGAGGAUUGUGAAAAUCGUAUGUGAAUCAGUCAAAAUUCAGAACUUCCCUGUGUUUUUGGGCGCGUAUCAGCUCCAGGAUGAGUGUCGUGGGUUUUGACAUCGGGAACGAGAACUGCGUGAUAGCAGUUGCCAAGCAACGUGGUGUAGAUGUCCUGUUGAACGAUGAGUCUAAACGGGAAAAUCCGGCAAUCAUCUCGUUUGGUGAAAAUCAGAGGUUUAUAGGCUCAGCUGGGGCCGCAUCAGCUACCAUGCACCCAAAGUCAACUGUGUCCCAGGUCAAACGGCUAAUCGGCCGUGAAUUUAAUGAUUCCUCGGUGCAGGAAGACCUCCAGCUUUUCCCGUUUGAGACAUCCGCAGGGCCUGACGGUGGAAUCCUGAUCCACCUUCAGUACCUGGGUGAAAAACAGACUUUCACCCCUGUUCAGAUUCUGGCUAUGCUUUUAUCUCAUCUAAAGCAGCUCACGGAGAAAAAUCUGGAGACACAGGUCGAGAACUGUGUGAUCGGUGUUCCUUCUUACUACACGGCCAACCAGAGGCGCGCGUAUCUGCAAGCGGCUGAGAUUGUGGGCCUGAAGCCCAUGAGGCUGAUGCAUGAAUGCACGGCUAUCGGGCUUGGAUACGGUAUAUACAAGACGGAUUUUUCUGGGAGGGGCCCAACGAAUGUUGUCUUUGUUGAUAUAGGCCACAGUGAUACCCAGGUUGCUGUGAUCUCGUUCGAGCCUGGGCACAUGAAGGUGCUGUCCCAUGCUUUCGACAGCAAUUUAGGAGGACGGGACUUUGAUGAGGUUUUAUUCCGACAUUUUGCUGCUCAAUUUUUGGAACAGUACAAAAUAGACGUUUGUUCGAGUACAAGGGCUUCCAUAAGGCUGAGGGCCGCGUGUGAGAAGCUGAAGAAGGUCCUGAGUGCGAACCCAGAGGCCCCUCUCAACAUUGAGUGCUUGAUGGAUGAAAAAGAUGUUAAGGGAUAUAUUAAGAGGGACGAGUUCGAGAGGCUGGCAUCCGGGUUGCUUGAGAGGAUUGGGAUUCCUUGUCGUAAGGUUUUGCACGAAUCUGGAUUGACGGUGGAUAAGAUUCACACAGUGGAGCUUGUCGGGUCAGGUUCGCGGAUACCUGCGGUUACAAGGAUUCUGAACUCGAUAUUUCGGAAGGAGCCUGGAAGGACGUUGAACGCAAGCGAGUGCGUGGCCCGUGGUUGUGCAGUUCAGUGUGCGAUGCUUAGCCCAGCUUUCCGAGUGAGAGAGUAUGAGGUGCAGGAUUGCUUCCCAUUCUCAAUUGCAUUUGCAUCAGAUCAAGGGCCUGUCUGCUCAUUGGCAGGUGGCGUGUUGUUUCCUAAAGGCAGUGCUUUUCCAAGUGUGAAGAUGCUUACUUUCAGAAAUGAGAUAUUUCACAUGGAAGCCUUCUACUCGAAUCAGAAUGAGCUGCCUCCUGGUGCCUCGCCAAGAAUUAGCUCUUUUAAGCUGAUUCUUAUGAACUUAAGGUCAGACGAUGACAUUAUUUACUGCUUUUGGUUAAUGGGAGAUGGAGGUGCCACAUUAGAAAAGAUCGGACCGUUUAGGGUCUCUCAUGUAGAGAAUAUGAAGAUAAAAGUAAAAGUUGUGCUAAACAUCAACGGGAUUGUCUCCAUAGAAUCUGCCUCUCUGAUAGAUUAUCAUGUAAAUGAGUCCAAUUUAAACAACAUCGAUACGCAUUCGGAAAAUGUGGAGCAAAUCAACAGUGAGUCCUUCGACAAAGCAAACGGUCAUUCAGGUCAUGAAAUUAGAAGGUUAAAAGCUAUUAGAAGGCAGGAUGUAUUCGUUGAUGAGACUGCAUAUGGCGGAAUGACAGUCUCGGAGCUCACACAUGCUCAAGAAAAAGAACUUCAGUUAGCUCAGCAGGACAUCAAAAUGGAAAGGACCAAAGAUAAGAAAAAUGCCCUUGAGGCCUAUGUUUAUGAAACGCGAAAUAAGCUUUUAAAUUCUUACCGGAGCUUCGUCACUGAUGCCGAAAAAGAAGGGAUUUCAAGUAACCUGCAACAAACUGAGGAAUGGCUUUAUGAAGAUGGAGACAACGAGUCUGAAUUUGUGUAUGCUGAAAAGUUAAAGGAUUUGCAGAAGAUGAUGGAUCCAAUUGAAUAUCGAUAUAAAGAUGGAGAGGCCAGGGCAGUUGCAACGAGACACCUACUAAAUUCUAUAGUGGAGUAUCGCAUGGCUGCAGGUUCACUUCCCCCUGCUGAAAAAGACGCGGUCAUUGGAGAAUGCAAUAAAGCAGAGGAGUGGCUUCGAGAAAAAACCCAAUUGCAGGAUUCACUUCCCAAGAAUGCCGAUCCUGUACUUUGGUCUGGUGAGAUCACAAGAAAAGCUCAAGCCCUUGAUGAGAUGUACAAAAGUGUGGUGGGUGGAAAUAAGUCCCCAUCCCCACAACCAGAUGCUGCAAGAGAAUCGGGCACAAGAAGUAACAGGGAUGACAUGGAAGUCGAUUAACGUGAAGCGAGCAAAACUUUUAUUUGUGGAGCUAGUUUGAAGGAACUGCUCGAUUUUAUUACAAUUUUUGAUGUGGGCGAGUCUUUUCUAUUUCAAUGCGCAACAACUGCCUCCACCCACCGUGUAAUUUGUAAGUUUCCUUUGACAAUCUUUUGGGAUAAUAUUUAAGACAAUAGUGAUACAAAUUUGAAUUGUACCCGUGUGAUGGCGGUUCUUCCUUAUUUUUAUAUAAUGAAGUUUUUGUUACAGAACCUUCAAAUUAGGAACUCAAAAGUUGUACUAUACAGAGAUACUGUUCAGUUGAUAUAAAGUUACCACCUCUAUGUGCUGCACUAGUAACUGUUUAAUACUGACUGAUUUUGUUCUUAUAUAGAAGCAAGAACGGUCCCAUGUUGUAACAAUCUAUAGUUUAUCAGUUAAAAGGGUGAAAAAAAAAUCUAAUCCUGUGUUUGGUAAAAAAAUUAGGAUAAUGCUUCUUGUUUUAAGGAAAUCAUAGCAUUUUCUUAUUUGAGGUGCAGCAGGUGCUGAUGAUGU